UCCAUUCUUGGCUCCCCUUGCCCCUUCCCAUUUUCACCCCCUCCUCCAGGUAUCCCUGUCGACUGACCCGUGGGCCGGGUCACGUGGCACCAGACCAAGGAUCUGGAUACGAGGGAAAAUGGUGAAGAAGCUAGUGGAGGCAGCCGGCCAGCUCAGAGAAACAUCAGUACCUGGCCACGCAAUAGCCUGCUGUACUGGAAGGAGGAUCUCGGUAACUAUGAGCACCUGGAUAUGGCUACUGCUGGGAAUCUCUCUCCUGAUAUGAAAAAAUGAAGGUGGUUUCGGUAAUCCCCAUGAGGCUCGGGCACUCUUACAAAAAUUAACUGGUACUCCUUGCAAGUGCCGUGGUGGCACCUGGAAUGGUGAGACAACCCCUCUCCUAAAUGUAGAUUGUGGUGAUGAAACAGCAUACUUAGUAAUGAGACAAAAUAUUCAUGGAGCACAGGCAUGUGUCUGUAGCAAAAAGGCUAAAAUUAUCCCCACCUUUAAUAACAAGCCUGGACCAUGCCCUUGUAUAGAAUUUCAUCCAUCUGUACAUAAUGAUGGAGUUAUGAGCAACAUAACAUAAUGUACCAACAUUAGGUACAACCAACAUAAUGUACCUGUUAUGAGCAGGUUCAACUAUGUACUGGUACAGAUAAUAAUACCUAUUUUACAGCAAUCUUGACCAGACAUUUUUUGGGGACAUUUGGAGACGAGUGGGACACAGUCCCUCAGGUCUGGGGGACCUCAAAUAAAUACGCCCAAUCUGGCUGUCCCGAUACAGUAGGAAAAACAGUUUGCUGGAAUAAGACUCCACCUGUGCACGUCUCUGAUGGAGGUGGACCCCAAGAUCAGGUAAGACAGAAUAUAGUCCAAAAGCAACUGGAAAACAUUGUAAACCACAUGUCUCCUAAAUUUAACUACCAUCCAAUAGCUUUACCCAAAAAUAUGGAUGCGAAUCUAGACCCCCAGACCCUGAAAAUGCUAGACAUCACACAUAGGUUACUUAAUCAAUCCAACCCUUCUUUGGCUCAAAAUUGCUGGUUAUGCCUUCAUUUAGGACUAUCUAUGCCUAUUGCUAUCAAUGUUAAUUCCAUUGAAUUAUCAUCUAAUAACUGCAUGCCCAUCAUGCCUUUACCAGUACAACCUGUCUUUUCUGAAGCACCCUGUAUUGUCUCCUCUUAUAGAGACGACAGUUAUGCUAUUGAUAUUGGCAUACUCUCUUUGACCAAUUGCACUGACAUCAUCAAUAUUACUUAUUCCCCGUGUGCUCCCAAUGAUAUGAUAUUUGUUUGUGGCAAUAACUUGGCAUAUACCAUUCUACCCACUAAUUGGACAGGAUUAUGUACUAUCGCCCUUUUACUACCCGAUAUAGAUAUAGUCAAUGGAAAUGAAUCUUUACCUAUACCAUCCUUUGAUUAUAUAUCUGGCCGUUCUAGAAGGGCUAUCCAAUUUCUCCCUCUCUUGGCCACUCUGGGAAUCACUGCUGGCAUGGCCACUGGUACCGCCGGUUUGGGCAUUGCUGUACAUAAAUAUACUGAACUAUCCCAACUUAUGGCAGAAGAUAUACAAGCCCUAUCAGGCACAGUUAAAAAUCUUCAAGAUCAAUUAGAUUCCUUAGUUGAAGUAGUACUACAGAAUAGAAGAGGUUUAGAUCUUCUAACGGCUAACCAAGGAGGCAUCUGCUUAGCAUUACAGGAAAAAUGCUGCUUUAUGCAAAUAAGUCAGGAAUUGUUUGAGACAAAAUAAAGAAAUUACAAGAUAAUCUAGAGGAAAGAAGAAGAAAAAUUAUGGACAAUCCAUUUUGGAGCGGACUAAAUGGCUUUCUGCCUUAUCUCCUUCCAUUUUUAGGGCCCCUCCUUGGCUUACUAAUAUUACUGUCGCUAGGACCUUUUCUUUUUAAUAAAGUCAUGGCCUUUAUAAAACAACAAAUUGAUGCUAUUAAAAUGCAGCCCCUCCAGGUUCAUUAUCACAGACUUGCUAUUGAAGAUGAACGCAUAACCAUAACUACUUAGGGGACUGGCUAGUCAAGGAUGGGUAACGAGGACCCUCAUCUCAGACUUUGCUUAUCCUACCAACCUAAGACAGGAGCCUGGUCAGAUAGCUACCGUGUAUCCCAUGACGGGUAAGGAGGAUCAGCUGAGAUGGUAAGGCAGUCCCAACCUAAGACAGACACAGUCACCCCGCCCUCUCGGUUGAGAGUUGGCAAAACUUUAAAAGUAAAAUGUACAUUUAAAAAUAUUAUAAAAAAGGGGGACCUGUGGAAGGCUGACACCACAGCAUCUAUUUAGUAGGCCAAGUGCUAUUUCUGGUACUAACAGACUUAAGUUUCUAUUUCCCUGAAAAUGCUAGGCCUAAGUUUCUAUUUCCCUGCAAACGCCAGGCCUCUUCUCAUAAAUCACGUGAGCGAAACUUGGAAGCUUGCCGUUUGAACUUAUCUCCACCAAGGCCAGGUUGCUUGGA